AUGAUAUCACCGGCGAACUCGGCCAUCUCCCACAACUCCGGCGAACUCGGCCAUCUCUGGCGAAAUCGGUUUUCAAAUCCGACGAGACCAAACGAUUUCUCCAUGAACGUGAUGAGCUCUCCGAACAAUCCAGACCUCGUCUAUCUCGACCAGUAUUACCGCGUCGAGCUCCCUCGUCUUCUUCACGAGAGAGACCCUAACCCUUACCUCACCACCUCCGAGCUUUCUCAGCUCAUGAAAUGGAAGCUCUCUCGCGGCAAAUGGAGGCCGCGUCUGCUCGACUUCGUGUCGUUUCUGCAAGAUUCAGUGGUGAAAUCUGCUUCUGAAAAGGCGUUCAAAUCUCUCCUUAACAUCUCCAACGCUGUUAAAGAGCUCACUAUUCUUAAAGGUGUGGGUCCUGCCACCGCUUCAGCAGUUUUGGCUGCUUACGCGCCCGACAUUGCUCUGUUUAUGUCCGACGAGGUGGAUUUAUCAAAAGGCGAGAAAGAGGAUGAGAAGGUGAAAUCUUCACCUGGGUUUAAUGAUGCCAAAUCUUCCAAGGGAGCUUCUGAUAAUGAUUCUGAAGAUGAGUUCUAUGAUGUUGAGAGGUCGGAUUCUCAGGAUGGUUUGUCUUCCGAUGGUACUAGUGUCUCUGGCAUACCUGUUACUGGUAUUGUAUCUUCUUUCUCAGUGUCUACUUGUCCCUGGAAGGAAGAACUUGAAGUGCUUAUCCGAGGUGGUGUACCCAUGGCUCUGAGGCUGUGGCAAGCAUUUGUGGGUGUGAAGAAACGACGUAGAAAAGAUUAUUACAAAAAACUUCUUGCUGAAGAUAGUUCUGGGAACAGCAUAGCUCAGGAGGAUACGCAGCAUGUUGAUGAGAAAGGCCAUCCCGCACUAGAUGAUGAUGAUAGAAAUGCUCUGCGGCGUUUGCUUACUGCUUAUGCUAGGCAUAAUCCUUCUGUUGGAUACUGCCAGGCUAUGAAUUUCUUUGCUGCGCUUUUAUUGCUGUUGAUGCCCGAAGAGAAUGCCUUUUGGUAUGUUCACAAAGUUGAUUAUUCUAUCAUCUUUAACUCCUAA